AUGACUGUGGAAAGAUUGAAGAGAAAUCUUGCGUGUGUCAGAUGGAAAAUUGAAGAAGUGGGAGAGCACAGAAACCAAGAACUCGACUUGCAUUUGAUCCACUUUUCGCUUUUCCAAUUCUUUAAGUUACUUGCGCAAUCCGAUCCUAAUAGAUCUGGAACAACGCAGCUUUUCGGUAAAGCUCGGCAACAAUGUCUGAAGAAGGGGUUUAUAAUGGUGAGGCACUGGCUAAUCGUGUGGAAGAGGGCAAUGAACUGCAUAAUCCAUGAUCAACUUGAAGAGACUGUGGUAGAACUUAGUUUCCAGAAUGAAUAUUUGAAGUCUCAGUUUGUGGAUAUGAAGAAUCACUUUCUUGAUUCUGGCGAGCCUGAAGAACGAAAUAAAGCUAUGGAGCUAGACCAUUUGGGUUCCGAUGGUGAUGUCAGAGAGGUUCAUGAAAAAUUAGAAUCUUUGAAAAGAGAACUUCUAGAGGAAAGACAAACUCGGAGUGCUGCAGAGAAAGCUCUAGAGCAUCUUGGAGCAGCACACUCAGAGGCAGAUACAAAGGUUCAAGAGCUUUCUGCCAAACUUGCUGAAGCUCAACAGAAGAUGGAUCAAGAAAUAAAAGAUCGUGAUGAGAAGUAUUCUGAGCUUGAUACCAAGUUCAACAGGCUUCACAAAAGAGCUAAGCAACGUAUUCAAGAGGUGCAGAAGGAAAAAGAUGAUUUUGAGACCCAGUUUCGCGAAGUUAACGAGAAAGCUGACCGCGCAUCAUCACAGCUGUCAGCAUUGCAGCAAGAGCUGGAGCGUACACGGCAGAAUGCUAAUGAAGCUCUGAAAGCAAUGGAUGUAGAAAGGCAACAAUUGCGAAGUGCAAACAAUAAACUUCGGGACAACAUUGAAGAGCUGCGUCGUUCCUUGGUACCCAAAGAAAAUGCUUUGGAGACAUUACAGCAGUCACUUUUAGAAAAAGAUCAGAUGUUGGAAGACAUGCGGGGGUUAGUUCAGGCAGCUGAUGAAAAAAGACAAUCUUCUAUUGCUGAACUCUCUCUGAAGCACCAGAAGCAAUUAGAAGACAUGCAAGCCCAAAUUGCAGAUGCAUUAAAUGAUCGAAGCAAAGCAACUGAAACAAUCUCGUCUCUGAGGGCUCUGGUAGCAGAGAGGGAGUCCAAAAUUGCAGAGAUGGAUGCGGCUUCAAGUGGUGAAGCAGCACGACUUAGAGCAGCUUUGGAGACGUUAAAAGGCGAGCUUAGUCACCUGAAAAAUGAGCAUGAGAAAGAAAGAGAGAGUUGGGAAGCUUCUUCUCAGUCUUUGAGAAUGAAACUGGAGACUGCAGAGAGUACUCGUGUCCAUGCAGAAGUUGAAGUAGCGAAGAUGAGAAGUCAACUGGAAUCAGAAUUGUCUGUGCAAGCUCAGCGUUUAAACAGUAAGGAUGCUGAACUAGAUGCAGCCAAAGAAAAGAUCAACCGCAUAGAAAGUGAAUUUUCUUCUUAUAAAGUUCGCGCUCAUGCACUUCUUCAGAAAAAGGAUGCAGAGCUAGCUGCUGCUAAGGACAAUGAGCAACUCAAGGCUCAUGAGGAAGCUCUUAAGGAGGCUGAGAAAGAAAUAUCAUUAGUGUCUGCAGAAAGGGAUAAGGCUCUCCAAGAUCUGAAGGAUGUUUUGACUAAUCUUGAGAAGGAAAUUGCAUCAAGAGAUGCAGAUAUUCGCAAUGCAGAGCAACAGAUUAAGAGCUUGGAAAUGAAGUUGAGCUCUGCUCUUUCUGCUCACCAAUCUGCAAAAGAAAUGUGGGAGACAAAUCUUCAAAAUGUGGAAGAAACAUGGCGAUUGAGAUGUGAAGCCCUAAAGGAGCAAAAUGAGGUGUCUACUAGUCAAGAUUUGCAAAACGAAGUAGAUAAGCUUGAUCUACACUGUAAAAAAUUAAAGGAAGAGCAAGUUUCAUUUCGUGAUCUUGCUGAUAAAAUGAUCGAGGAGAAGGACAGAGAAAUUAGUAGACUUUUAGAUGACAAUAAGAAUCUACGCCUGAUGCUGGACUCGAGGCCACCCGUUGAUUACAGCAAUAAUCACUCAGACAAUCAGAAACUGGAAGCCUCAAAUUCAAGUGCGUUCGGUGCCGAACAACAAAUUUUGAUUUUGGCAAGACAACAAGCUCAGAGAGAGGAGGAGCUUGCUCAGUCACAGCGGCAUAUUCUUGCACUUCAGGAGGAAAUUGAGGAACUUGAACAUGAAAAUCGCCUCCACAGCCAGCAGGAAGCCAUGCUGAAGGAAGAAUUUCGGAACAUGGAAAGGAUGCAGAAGAGGGAAGGAGUGGAUUUGACAUAUCUUAAAAAUGUAAUUUUAAAGCUUCUGGAGACAGGUGAAGUGGAGAGACUGCUACCUGUUGUUGCGAUGCUCCUUCAAUUCAGCCCCGAAGAGCUGCAGAAGUGUCAAGCCGCCUACCGAGCAACGACUGAAAUUCCACCUAGCCCUGCAAGUGAUUCUUCAGGAUCUUCACGGUCUCUUUUCUCUAGGUUCGCAUUUUCAUAA